GGGGCAGACGCGCGCCCUCGCAGCGCAGCGCGGGGAGCAGGACAGAUCUGUGAGCAGACGGCGGGGGUAUCCGUGCGGAGUUUCCCGCGGCGUUCCCAAGUUACUGCGUGCUGUCGUGAGACGUGCUUCUGCCUGGCAGGACAGGCGUGAGGACUGAGCUCUCGUGCGCUUGGCCGGGAAAGCAAUGUUGACAGACACCAGGUGCAACGCGAGGGAAGUAGGGUGAGAGCGAAUCCCAACCCACUCCAGAUGCAAAGGUAAACAGCCGCCGUCUGCAAGGCUGUCCUCAAAGCGGUACUCAGCGGACCCCUCCCUGGACCUUGGAUGGAUGCAGGGUGCAACUCCGGGCAGCCUGUGCCGCCGUUUUUUGGCAGAGGUCUGAGGCCAGAAGGAGGUGUGUGCCUGUGGGAGCAGGAGUCCUUUGAACUGCCAGCACUGGACUCCUUUGGCCUUGUGUGAAUGUGGAUCCCACUUAAGGUUGCUCCCCCCACUCCCUUCUUGUAUUAGCAUUCAGCUGAUCGGGUGCAUCAUCAGGGUUUGUCUCCAGCUCUUUCUGGUUGUAUCCUACGUAUGAGCUGGAAAAAGGGCGCCCAGUUUCUCUGGAACGCAUACCGGACUUGGACUUCUUCACGGGUUCACUUGGCAUAGGGCUAGUUGUUGGCAUUCAGUAUUCUAGUGUGGAUUAAUGCGAAAGGACCUUUGUUCUGAAUGCCUCACCUUCAAGAUCCUUAACCCUUCGGAUUUCUUAGAUGUCAUAGUUCAGGAAUCUACUACAUCAUUCCUUGGCAACAGCUACUCAGCACUGCUGACCUCUUCCACUCAGUCCAGCACUCUACAAAUUAUUAUCUCUGAACUCCCAGCUGACACUCUGCCGGAGGCAAAAGCUACGAAGCCAACUAGAACUGUGCCUUUUCUCUUUUCAAGGUUCUUUUCUUAUAUAGCAAAAAGGAAGAAAAAAAAAGAUGAAGCUGGGCAAAGUAGAGUUGUGCCAUUUUCUACAGCUAAUAGCUCUCUUCCUGUGCUUCUCUGGGAUGAGUCAAGCUGAGUUGCCAAGGUCCAGAUCCAAGCCGUAUUUCCAAUCAGGGAGGUCCCGAACGAAGCGCAGCUGGGUAUGGAAUCAGUUCUUCGUGCUGGAAGAAUACAUGGGUUCAGAUCCCCUCUAUGUAGGCAAGCUUCACUCUGAUGUUGAUAAAGGAGAUGGUUCCAUCAAAUACAUCUUGUCAGGCGAAGGGGCAAGUUCCAUUUUCAUUAUUGAUGAGAACACUGGGGAUAUUCAUGCCACCAAGAGAUUGGAUCGGGAGGAGCAGGCCUAUUAUACACUCAGAGCCCAAGCUCUGGACAGACUCACCAACAAGCCUGUGGAGCCUGAAUCUGAAUUUGUAAUAAAAAUUCAGGAUAUCAAUGACAAUGAACCCAAAUUUCUGGAUGGCCCAUACACAGCUGGAGUUCCUGAAAUGUCUCCUGUGGGGACUUCAGUGGUACAAGUGACAGCCACAGAUGCUGAUGAUCCUACCUAUGGCAACAGUGCUCGGGUGGUCUACAGUAUUCUUCAAGGACAGCCAUACUUUUCAGUGGAACCAAAGACAGGAGUCAUCAAGACUGCCCUUCCAAACAUGGAUAGAGAGGCUAAAGACCAGUAUUUGCUUGUCAUUCAGGCAAAGGAUAUGGUUGGUCAAAAUGGCGGACUGUCUGGAACCACUUCAGUCACCGUGACCCUAACGGAUGUCAAUGAUAACCCACCUCGCUUUCCACGAAGAUCUUACCAGUAUAAUGUUCCAGAAUCUUUGCCUGUAGCAUCUGUCGUGGCCAGAAUUAAAGCUGCUGAUGCAGAUAUAGGAGUUAAUGCAGAAAUGGAAUACAAAAUAGUGGAUGGUGAUGGACUGGGGAUUUUCAAGAUAUCUGCUGACAAAGACACACAGGAAGGAAUCAUUACAAUACAGAAGGAACUUGAUUUUGAAGCCAAAACAAGUUACACACUGCGCAUAGAAGCUGCAAAUCGUGAUGCUGAUCCCCGCUUUCUAAGUUUGGGUCCAUUCAGUGACACCACAACUGUAAAGAUAAUUGUGGAAGAUGUAGAUGAGCCCCCUGUGUUUUCUUCACCCUUGUACCCCAUGGAAGUUUCAGAAGCUACACAGGUGGGGAAUAUCAUUGGGACUGUAGCAGCUCAUGACCCGGAUUCUUCCAACAGCCCCGUGAGAUAUUCAAUUGACAGAAAUACAGAUUUGGAGAGAUAUUUCAAUAUCGACGCUAACAGUGGAGUUAUCACUACUGCCAAAUCAUUGGAUCGAGAGACAAAUGCUGUUCAUAACAUUACAGUCCUUGCAAUGGAAAGCCAGAAUCCAUCUCAGGUUGGGAGAGGCUAUGUGGCCAUCACUAUCCUGGACAUUAAUGACAAUGCACCUGAGUUUGCCAUGGACUAUGAAACCACUGUCUGUGAAAAUGCUCAGCCUGGGCAGGUUAUCCAGAAAAUCAGUGCUGUUGAUAAAGAUGAGCCAUCUAAUGGACACCAGUUUUACUUCAGCUUAACAACAGAAACAACAAAUAACCACAACUUUUCACUGAAAGAUAACAAAGACAACACAGCCUCAGUACUCACCAGGAGAAAUGGCUUCCGAAGACAGGAGCAAUCAAUUUACUACCUGCCAAUUUUCAUUGUGGACAGUGGAUCCCCUUCACUAAGCAGCACCAACACACUUACCAUCCGCGUCUGUGACUGUGAUGCUGAUGGUGUAGCACAGACCUGCAAUGCAGAGGCCUACGUUCUACCCGCUGGUCUCAGCACUGGGGCCCUGAUAGCAAUACUGGCCUGUGUCUUGACACUAUUGGUGCUGAUCCUCCUCAUUGUCACUAUGAGAAGACGAAAAAAAGAGCCUCUCAUUUUUGACGAGGAGAGGGACAUUAGAGAAAACAUCGUCAGAUAUGAUGACGAAGGCGGGGGAGAAGAAGACACGGAAGCCUUUGACAUGGCUGCGCUGAGAAACCUCAACGUCAUACGAGACACCAAAACCCGCAGAGAUGUGACUCCUGAAAUUCAGUUCUUGAGUCGACCGACUUUUAAAAGCAUCCCAGAUAAUGUCAUUUUUAGGGAAUUUAUUUGGGAAAGACUGAAAGAAGCUGAUGUGGAUCCAGGGGCUCCACCAUAUGACUCUCUGCAGACCUACGCAUUUGAAGGAAACGGCUCAGUUGCUGAAUCCCUCAGUUCUUUAGAUUCCAUCAGCUCAAACUCUGAUCAGAAUUAUGAUUACCUAAGUGACUGGGGUCCCCGCUUUAAACGACUGGCUGACAUGUAUGGAAAUGGCCAAGAGACCUUGUACUCAUAGCCUUGGACAGUUAAUUUGAAAUGUACUGAAUAAAAAGGGAGCAGAAAAAAGAAGAAGAAAUAAAAAAAGAACAACUUUAAAAGAGAAGAAAAGAGGGAAGUAUUACAUACAGUAAACAAGAACUUUACUUGUGGGACAAAAGAGAUUGUAAAUAUAUCUCCAUUUUAACUGUUAAGGUUUCUGCCUUCCUAAAACAUUCAUUAUAUUAUACAAGGGUUUUCACUGACCACAGAGUCUGAGCAUUUGAAGUCUAUUAUUUAUUUAUUUAUUUAUUUAUUUAUUUUGAUAAAAAGGAAUACCUAGGUUUUUUUUGAAUAGAUAGCAACUCUCCUAUACUUGCAAAGGCACCUAAACUGCCUUAUCAAGUCAUGUCCUGUGUUGUCAGUUAAUCAAGGAUACCCUGUACAAAUAUUCAUGGUACCCUCUCUGUGAAGAAUAGAGCAUGGCGUGCCCUUGAAAAAUCCCAGAACUUCUUGCCUAUAAAAUCUUGGAAGAAUUUUACUUCUACUGAAGCUUUUAUGCUUGUUAUAAGAUAGAAUUCAACAUGAUUUUAUUGCUGUUGGUACACAGAAAUAUUUUAUUUAGGAAUAUACAAAUCUUCAUAAUAUCUUAUCUUAGUGAGACUUUCAAUAAAAAACAAUAAAGUUUAAUUUAAGACAACAUAAAUCAUAGUUUUGUCAACAAUUUUAGAAGGUGGUCCCAUUAGAGAAAAAAUCGUUAAUAAUUCUCCAAGUUCCAAGUUUUGAAAUCUGGUGUAGGUAUGUUUUAAAAACAUAGUUGCUGUCUAUUCAUUAAUUUUUAUUAUCUCUUCUGAUUUGUACAGGAGAAUAUAUUUUUAUUUGACACAUAGUAUUGUGUUUAUUUUGGGACUCCAGUCUCCAAUCUAUUCAGGUUCAUCUUAUGGCCUCAUGGUAUUAAGCUCAUCAGGACAUGCUGAGUUUUCUGCAGCUUGGACUACAGUAAGGAGAUGAAGCAUGGAAAUGGAGAAAUAACUACACUGCAACUGAGCCUCAUUUCCUCUCACAUCUCAAACAGGAGCAUAGCUCCAUGGAAGUUCACAUUUUUCUUCUGAGCCACUAGAGAGUACAAAACUGGCAAUAAGCUAUUUGAGUUUCAGUAAGGCGUUGGAGAGAGUUGAUAUUUUUCAUUGAUACAUGAAUUACUUUCCAAAAUCAUGAGUUCUGUAUGCUCUAAAAGACUUGUUUCCCAGCUUAUUUUGGUGUAACACAUUGAUUGAAAGAUUGAGUUUUUAAAUAUAUUUUUAAAUGUAUGAUACCAUAUAUUUUCAGUCCAUUGUGUCCCCAAGUAAUGAAUAAUGUGUAGUAUCUCUAUAGUUUGGAUGUGUCAAAGGGAAGGCAGAGAUUUCAAGUAAUCACAUGUGUUUAAGAUCAAGGUGGAGGUCUCAGAAUAAGCUGACUUGUAAACAAUAAUAAAUGUACUUAUUUUUCCUGAAUUAAUACUAGUUUACUGUGAAUAUAAGUAAGAAAGAAUGGAUUUAUUUUUUCUUUAUUUAUUUAAAAUUAAAUAAUUAUUGGGUUUUGAGUAAAUGUAGAGGUAACACUGGGUAUGUUUUGUGUUCUAAAAUUCUACCUUACGAGAAGCAAAAUUGAGAAAAAGAAUAUUAUGUUGAUUAAGUGAGAAGCUACGUAGCAUUUUGUAACUUUCAGUCCAUCAUUAGAAAUUGAAUAUAUGAAAGAGGCCUUCAGCUUCAUAUUCUGAGUAAUUCAAUAAAUUUGAUUAUCUGCCAACA